CUCAUAAACCCCUGCUCUCUCUCCCUCCCCUUAAUUCCUCUUCUAAAAAUUUCACUCUACAGAGAAACCACAACAUAAAAUAAAUAUCCACGUAGUCCUGAUCAUUCAAUAUUUUCUCCAAUAUAAUGUCCUCAAGAUUAUUUUCUUCCAUCAUUCUUAUCAUCUUCAUUUUUUUCUCCAUCAACAAAGGCAUUUGUGGUGCUACUUUAAAUUUAAUAAACAGAUGCGACUACAACGUAUGGCCUGGAAUAUUAUCCAAUGCAGGUACUGACAAAUUGGAUAGUACCGGGUUCAUGCUUGCUCCGGGUGAUUCACGCGCAUUCCAAGCUCCACAACAAUGGUCUGGUCGGAUCUGGGGUCGAACCGGUUGUAAUUUCGACCCCAACACCGGUCAAGGAAAUUGUGCCACCGGCGAUUGUGGAUCGAACCAAAUGGAAUGUAAUGGGGCCGGAGCAACUCCCCCGGCCACCCUUGCAGAAUUCACUAUUUUCUCAGGGACAAAGCAAGAUUUCUACGACGUCAGCUUAGUUGACGGAUACAAUUUGCCAAUGGCGAUCCAGGCAGUUGGCGGGUCGGGUUCAUGCGAUACUACGGGUUGUGUGAAGGAUUUGAACCGAAUGUGCCCGAAUGAAUUACGGGUCGGGGAUGGGCAAGCAUGCAAGAGUGCAUGUGAAGCAUUUGGUACACCUGAAUACUGUUGCAGUGGCGCGUACGGUUCACCUUCCACUUGUAAGCCGUCAACGUAUUCAGCAAUGUUCAAAAAUGCGUGUCCAAAAUCGUAUAGCUACGCAUACGAUGAUCCUACGAGUACUUUUACGUGUACAGGAGCUGAUUAUACGAUUACAUUCUGCCCUUCAUUAACAAGUCAGAAAUCUUCAAGAGAUUCUUCAAUGCCUUUCAGCGGAAAUGGCGGGUCCGGACAAGGGUUUUCUAUCGGAAAUGGCGGGUCCGGUUCGGGUUCUAGUCCGCCGGAGGAUUCAUUUCCCUUUGGCAGUUCAUGGCUACCGGACUUUAUGACGGGGGACUCAUCACGAACAACAUUUUCUUAUUUUGACUCAACAAUGGCAUUUUUUGUUUUUUAUUUUCUUCACUUUUUAUUAACAUUUUCAUAGUCACGUUGAUUUCUCCAAUUCACUUUCAUGCACAUUUCCACAUUCAUGGAGCUGAUAAUUUUUAUUUUUAUUUUCGUAAAGCACAAAUUUUCAGAGUUUCACAUGUAUAGAGAUUUACAAUUUUUCAAUGUACUAAUUACCAUUUCAGUGUUCA